GAGUAAGGGAAAGGACCUGUCAGCCAUUACAGCAGGAAGAGCGGCUUCCCGAACAUAAGGUCCGGCAAAACAGAAGGCACAAUACCAUCUUCCUGGCAAGGUCGCCGUGACAUUAAUAAAAGGGAUAAGGUAAAAAGUGACAAUGAAGGUCUCCAUAGUACUUGCCGUUCUAGCCACGGCAUAUGCGGCUCCCAUUCAAGAAGGAACGGCUGGGAAAACAGCUGAAGAUAUGAUACAUACCGUUUCAAAACGAACGGAUGAACAAAUAUUUUUUGGAAAUCAACAAAACGCUCCUCGUGUUAAAAAGGCAGAUCCUGAAACUGAUUCCAGAGGUUUAGUGAGAGCUUUGCCCGCUGAUGAGAUACGCGAUGUGAAUGAGGAAACGUCUGCUUCAGAGGAAACACAGCCUACAGAGGCACGAGAACCCCCAAAGAACCCAGUAAUCCAAAAUCAAAACUCACAUCCAGAGGAUGAGUCAGUUGUUAGUGAAAAACAGGAUCAAGACACCGCGGAUAAAACUACCGACGAGGAAGUUCUGAAAGAAGAUCAGCUGUUAAAGGCAGAGAUGGCAGGUGAAGCAGAAGAUAGUGAAAACAGCGCGCCUCUCGAAGAGGGAUCAGGGAGUGUGAGCGAACCAGCUUCAGACGAAAUGUCCUACGAUUAUUUACAGAAACUUUACAACGAAGCAUCGGAUCGCAUGCCUUACGACUACUACUACCCAGAGUAUUACGUUAACUACAGGAAAAGACGGAAUACGCCAAUGAACAUGGACGACGAGGAAGACGUGGUGAAGAGGAACCACCGUGCUAAAAGAGACCUAGGCUACGACGACCUCUCAGACUCCUACUUCCCAUCAACAUUCAAUGAUGAUCAAUACUACAACGAGGUCCUCCGCAAACGCGUGGUGGAGGCAGCCCUUGAUGAAGCCAUGGCGCGCGAGUUAGCUCCCUUGUUAGAGAACUACCAGAACGAGGAGAGUGAAUACCCUGAAAGAUAUGACGUACCCAGUUACAUGGAGUACCUGCCUGAGAGCGCAGAAAGCUUUGAACAGUCCCCAUAUGACGAUGACAGGUGGGAGACGGAGGAUACGCUCCUCGGUAGACCUUACGACGCCCCGUACAGACAAUCCUUCAGGCCUCAGGCACCAAGCCUUGUACCGAUUAAACGUCAGAUGUUAAGCAUGGUGCCGGGAUCGAGACGGAAGCGAUUUAACUACCCCUACUCACAGGAGCCCGGAAGCCACUGGGGCGCGUUUGUGGAGAGCGAAAAGCGAGGACAAGAGGCCGCCUACGAGAGACUGUAUCGAUUAGCCAGAGCUCUAGCCACCAGACGAUCACCAUACACCGCCUACUUUGGCGACGACGAAUACAAGAAGAAGUAAUCGUGUAGGCACUGACCUGGAGACGUUGGUUCACCAUUGUCACCGGUUGUUCUGGACAGCGUCUUGGAUGAAGCUGUUGAAAAUUUAUUCCAACUGUUUUGAUCUGUUAAUCUGUGUAAAUGAUAUUCUAUGCGAUAGACGAUGAAAACAAACUGUCGGAGAGACAGAGCCAUUGUCUGGGCUAUCUAACGUUACCGACAUUUUUGCCCCACCGAUCAAAUUGACAGCAGGACUGCAUUCUUAACAAUCAAAUGCCAAAAUGAAAACAAUACUCCCCACCCUAUCAGAAAUUUAUAACAGUACAUGCCGAGACCAACCGUUGAGCUGAUAUAAUUUUACAACAACUGUGUGUUAUUUUGUGCGUUUCUGUUUUCCACCUUUCUGUGAGAUUUAUUUAACGGCUUGUGUUGUGCAAAAUGUUAUUUGUUGGCGUUGCUAUAUUAAAAUAUAUCAUG